GGAACAAUCGCCUUUUCCACUUCAGUACUACUCCACCAGACCACACCUUGCGGCACGGCAUCCCGUGGCCUCGGCGUGCUCGCCGGAAUGCGCCGCCGAGAUCGACGGGCUACGGCGGCGCGCCGGCACGGCCGCGCGCGUUGGCGGCGCGCGCGCAGAUAUAGACGCCUGACCCCUGUAAUUUUAGCUCCAUUCUCAUCUUGCUUUGUUUAAUUUGCUCCUGCAGGUUUGGUCGGACUGCAGGUUCCAUCCUCCCGUUCCGAUCCGCACAAGCCUUCAGCAGCGGAAAUAUGGCAGAAGCAGUUCUCCUUGCUGUCACGAAGAUUGGCUAUGCUUUAGCGAAUGAAAGUGCUACGGUCAUUAUAAAUAAGCUGUCUGAAAAAGUUCAAGCUCUGAAGGAACUGCCACGGAAAAUGGAUCUAAUAAGGAUGAAAUUGACAUUAAUGAGUGAUACUAUACAAGAGAUCGGCACAGUCUACCUCAUAGAUAAGCCUGUCAAGAGUUGGAUUGGGGAGGUCCGGAAGGUGGCUUACCAUGUUGAAGAUGUCAUAGACAAAUACUCAUAUCAUAUUCUUGAGAUAGAGGAAGAAGGGUUCCUGAUGAAGUACUUCAUCAAGGGUACCCAUUAUGUCAAAGUUUUCAGUGACAUUGCUGAUGAAGUAGCUAUGGUAGAACAGGACAUUCAACAAGUUGUUCUGAUGAAGGAUCAGUGGUUGCAGCAUUCCCAGCUUGUUCCUGACAAACUUGCCAUGAUUGAAAGGCAGCGGUCCCAAGAUGGUUUCCCAGAUUUUGUCAAAGAUGAAGAUCUAGUAGGAAUUGAAAAAAAUAGAAAAUUGCUGUCUGGAUGGCUGUACUCGGAUGAGCUGGAUAGCACCGUGAUAACAGUUUCGGGUAUGGGUGGGUUGGGAAAAUCUACCCUGGUAACAAAUCUUUAUGAACGUGAAAAGGUCAACUUCCCUGUGCAUGCUUGGAUUGUUGUGUCACAGAUCUGCCCGGCAGACGCUCUGUUGAGAAAGCUACUCUGGAAGAUUGGGAACAUGGUACCACCAGUACCAUCAGAAAUUGACAAAAUGGAUGUACACGACUUGAAGGCAGAAAUAAAGAAAAAACUCCAAAAUAGAAAAUGUUUGAUUGUAUUAGAUGAUGUCUGGGAGCAAGAGGUAUACUUCAAAAUACAUGAUGCUUUCCAGAAUCACCAAGCAAGUCGUAUUAUCAUUACUACACGAAAGGAUCAUGUUGGAGCCAUCGCUUCGUUGGACCACCACCUUGAGCUAGAACCAUUGGAUGGCCCUGAUGCAUUUGACCUUUUCUGCAGAAGGGCUUUUCACAACAAGAAGGACCACAAAUGCCCCAAGGAGUUUGAGGAAAUUGCUAAAUCUAUAGUGGAUAGGUGUCAUGGCCUGCCGCUGGCAAUUGUUACAAUAGGCAGCUUGUUGUCAUCAAGACCACGAAUAAACAUUUGGAAUCAAACAUAUAAUCAGCUAAGGAGUGAGUUGUCAACAAAUGAUCAUGUCCGAGCAAUAUUAAACCUAAGCUAUCAUGAUCUAUCUGGAGGCCUCAGAAAUUGCUUUUUGUAUUGUAGCUUGUUCCCUGAAGACUACCCCAUGUCACGAGAAAGCCUUGUGCGACUGUGGGUUGCAGAAGGCUUUGUUCUGAGCAAAGAAAAAAAUACACCAGAGGAGGUGGCUGAGGGAAAUCUCAUGGAACUAAUUCACCGCAAUAUGCUUGAAGUUGUGGACUAUGAUGAGCUCGGAAGGGUUAGCACUUGCAAGAUGCAUGAUAUUAUGCGGGAUCUGGCACUCUCCGUUGCCAAAGAAGAAAAGUUUGGUUCUGCAAAUGAUUAUGAAGCAAUAAUACAGGUGGACCCACAUGUUCGCCGAUUGUCAUUAUGUAGGUGGAAAGUUAAUACUUCACUUAAGGUUAAAUUUCCACGUCUUAGAAGCCUUGUGGCUCAUGGAAUGAUUUCGUCCACCCCUGAUUUGUUAUCCUCAAUUUUGUCUGAAUCAAAGCACUUGACUGCUCUAGAGCUGCAAGAUUCUAAUAUCACCGAGGUGCCCACAUUUAUAGGGAAUCUCUUUAAUCUGCGGUACAUUGGGUUAAGGCGCACCAAUGUCAAGUCACUACCAGAGUCCAUUGAGAAGCUCUUCAAUCUCCACACUCUGGACAUCAAGCAAACCCAAAUAGAGAAGCUACCACGAGGUAUUGUUAAGGUUAAGAAGUUGAGGCACCUUUUGGCUGACAGGUUCGCUGACGAAAAGCAGUCAGAUUUCAGAUAUUUUAUCGGAGUCGAAUCACCUAAAGGGCUGUCAAACCUGGAAGAACUGCAGACUCUAGAGACAGUGCAAGUGAGCAAAGACUUGGCUGAGCAGCUGAAGAAACUGAUGCAGCUCAGAAGCAUAUGGAUAGACAAUGUAAGUGCUUCUGAUUGUGAAAACCUUUUUGCGACCCUAUCGACGAUGCCACUUCUUUCCAGCCUGCUUAUCUCUGCAAGAGAUGUGAAUGAGACACUUUGCCUCCAAGCCCUUGAUCCGAUUUCCACAAAGCUCCACAGGUUAAUUGUAAGGGGCCAGUGGGCUUCUGGGACACUGAAGUAUCCGAUAUUUCGCAAUCAUGGGGAACAUCUCAAAUAUUUAGCGUUAAGCUGGUGUCAGCUUGGAGAAGAUCCACUGGGUGUGCUCGCUCCACACGUGCCAAAUCUCACCUAUUUAAGUCUUAACAGGGUGAAUAGUGCAAGCACUUUGGUUCUUUCUGCUGGGUGCUUUCCUCACCUGAAGACGCUCGUCUUGAAGCGAAUGCCGGAUGUCAAGCAGAUGGAAAUCGGAGAUGGUGCUCUUCCACGUAUUGAAGGUCUUUACAUUGUGUCCCUAACACAGCUGGAUAAGGUUCCUCAAGGCAUCGAGUUGCUUCUUUCUCUGAAGAGGCUUUGGCUGCUGUACCUGCACGAUGAGUUUAAAACUCUGUGGCAAACGAGUGGGAUGCACCAGAAGAUGCAGCACGUUCCAGAGAUUCGUAUCUAGGACAACUAGAUGGUAAAUCUCCAUUGGUAUGCUUGUAUGAUGUGUCUGCUCAGAACUGUGUUUGUUGGGCACUUUAUCUCUUUUUAUUCCAAUAAGCCAUGAAUUCUUCCUUUUGAUUUUUUUUAUUGUACAUUGAAACACCCAUGUAUGUGCUGUGUGUUGGUUCAGUUGCUUUAGGAAUACUACUUUUGUUCAAGAACACUUCCCUUCUGUAUUUAACUUUUGUAAAUGAUGUUAUGGUCAACAGAUUUUGUGCAUGUGAGGUGCAUAAUAUGUGAACUUACGAACCAGCAGAAUAUUCAUAA